ACUGUCAAAUGUCACAAAAGACCGCAACUGAUGUUUUAUUUCAAAAGUUACCGCGUAUUUCACCAAAAUUGUUUAAUUAAAUUUUUUAUUAAUUCAUAUAAAAGAACAAUGUCGCUAUCAAAUGGGUCAACAAAUCGAGGAGCUUUAAUAGUAUUCGAAGGAUGCGACAGAUGUGGCAAAUCAACACAAAGUUCUAUGCUUGUUGAAUAUUUAAAAAAACAAAAUAUUCCAGUUAAACAUAUGGCAUUUCCUGAUAGAACAUCACCAAGUGGCAAAUUAAUAAAUGCCUAUUUAACUAAUAAACAAGAAAUGCCCGAUGAGAGUAUUCAUUUGUUGUUUGCAAUAAAUCGUUGGGAAAUCCAAAACGAAAUCAAAAAACUUCUCAACAAUGGAACUACUCUAAUUGUUGAUAGAUACUCUUAUUCUGGAGUUGCUUAUAGCACAGCCAAAGGUUUGAGUUUUGAAUGGUGUCAAGCUCCAGAACGAGGAUUAAUUCGACCGGAUUUAGUUUUUUAUCUGAAAACUGAUAUCGACACUUUGACCAGUAGAAGUAAUUUUGGUGAAGAAAGAUACGAGAAAAAAGAAUUCCAGACAAAAGUGUCGCAAGUUUUUAAUGAAAUCUGCAAAACAGAAAGUAGUUAUUGGACGGAAGUUAAUGCCGCACAGAAUCUAAACAGUAUACAUGAAUUGGUUUCCAGUGAAGCUAUGAAUCUGAUAGAAACAGUUAGCAAAACACCACUGAAUUUGCUGUGGAAAUGAUGUCGCAUCAAAUGUUUUUUUUUUUUAUAUUUUUAUAGAAAAUUGUUAAAAUAGUUAAAGCAUUUAAAAGUUCUGGUUCAUUCCA